CAACUCCUUUAAUCUUUGCCUGUGGAAGGGGCGCCGAUACAAGAAUCAUCGACAUUUUGAUAAAAGCUGGUGCGAAGUUAGGAGCGAAAGACGUAGGGGUCGACAGCUUUGCAUUGGGCUGUUGAAGGAAGCACCUUCAACUGUGGAGCUAUUACUCUCUCGGGGCAGCAAUGUCAACGAGACCGACAUAUUUGGCAAUACUCCUCUCCAUUUGGCUGCAAGGUCAUCUCCGGAAUGGAUAGAUGGUGUGAAAGAAUUAAUGAAACACAGUGCUGUUGAGGUUAAUCCUCGAGAUGAAGAUGGUCGAACACCGCUGCACGUGGCCUGUUAUUGGGGAAACUUGCACACUGUCGGCCUGUUGUUGGGUCACAAUGGCAUCGAUGCCAAUGUGGUUGACAACGAUGGAGACACACCACUGCAUUUGGCAGUUCGGGGGCAAGAGUACCAAGUGGUGUGUCUAUUGCUGAAGCAGGGUUCUGUUCAGUUGGAUAUUCAAAACAAUCAGAAAAGGACACCAUUGCUUGAAGCCGUUUCCCGGGGUCACCUCGGAAUGACACACAAGCUUAUAGCCCUGGGUGCAAACAUAAAUGCUGUUGAUGGUGAAGGUAACAGCUGUUUGCACCUGGCCGUGGAAAGAGAAGUGUUUGAUUCCGAGGAUGCACCCUUGGAUUUACUAAACGAAUGCUGCACUUCCCUUAACCUGAAAAUAGAAGAAAGGCUCUCUGGUAUAGUGGUUGCGAGAUAUCUCGCCAGCCAAGGAGCGGACUUUCACCAUAAAAACAACAAAAAUAACACACCAUUGGACCUCAUUAAGGACCCAAAUUUGAGAAAAAAAUUAGAAGCAUUUUUACCACCACAAUGUUUGUGGUGCAGAAAUAAAGCGGCCACAACAAAAGUCCAUCCAUGUGGACACCUUGUAAUAUGUAAGGGAUGUUCAAACGUUCCACUUCAACAAUGUCUGAAGUGUUUAAAACCUGUAACAAGCAGAGGUCGAGUUGCGUCUCCAAAGUUUGCAGACAAGGGAGUGCAAACAGAUUUACAAUUAUUAGAGCCUACAUCCGAGCAAAGUGUGAAUCGAACAUUUGAAGUCAAGGAAACACAGACAUUGGCUGAACCUGUUGUGAAUCGAACAUUUGAAGUCAAGGAAACACAGACAUUGGCUGAACCUGUUGUGAAUCGAACAUUUGAAGACAAGGAAAUGAAGACACUGGCUGAACCUGUUGGUGAGUAUAAAAUAACAGCACUUGAUUGAUUCCUGUAAGGUUUAUCUUCUGCUUAUUUUGAUAUCAGAAUGAUAAAGAUCAGCUUCCAUUCUUACCUGUCAAUGGGAAGUUUUAGCAUUAAACUAAUCAUAUUAAACAUAUCGAUACUAUUGACAUUUAAUAAAGUAUCCAAUCAGGUUAGCAUGGUUGGUGAAAUGGAUAAAUUAGAAGCAAAAUAGAUUUCAGGUUCUCUUUUGGAACAGUC